CUAACUUUCGUUCUAACUAAGAAUUCCAAUAUUUUAAUUAAUAUGAAAUUAAAAUUACGUAUACGUAAAAAUGGCAUAACUGGGGGCAAAUAAAUAAAUAGUAGUAAGGAGUAAAAAGAAUUAAAGUGCCACAACUUGGAGCAUUUACAACCUCGUUUUUAGCUCUGUUUACUCGCCCAUCUAAUACAUGGAGGGUGCACAAUUGCCCACUUCACAGUCCUUCAGACAAAGGGGACAUGCUCCCGCACACAGGACCUCCCAUUCCAAGGACUGCACUUCGUGUGUGUGUGUGUGUGCUUGAUUUGCAUAUAUGCAGGCCAAGUCGAGCAUCAGCAGCGGCAGCAAUAACAACAAUUGCAACCAAAACAAAGAUGCUGCGCUCCUGACACUGAAACCCGCACAAGGCCAAUCGACGAAAUCAGGCCACGCACACGAAUUCCGGCACGGUGGCGGUGGCGAUGACGAUGACGAUGACGACUGGCUAUGGCUAUGGCUAUGACGAUGACGUAGCGAUGCUCCCGGCAAAUGGCAAACGGCCUACCGCAGCCACAGCAGAAGGCCGGCUUCACCAGACCCACGGACACCCACUCCCCCAACAUCUGCCAUCUCCUGGAGCAGAGGUAACUGCACUCAAUCCUGCACAGAGCAAAAAUAUUAGUGAGUCUCCAGUUCUAAUGCUUUCUUACAAAAUUUCUACUUCUGUUAUUUUUUUUGGGUUC